AUUAAUAAAUCAAUGGAUGGAGCAAAUUACUCUGUGGUGUCAGAGUUUGUGUUUGUGGGACUCACCAAUUCCUGGGAGAUCCAAAUUCUCCUCUUAGUUUUCUGCUCCAUUUUUUUUGUGGCAAGCAUUAUGGGAAACUCCCUCAUCAUCCUCACUGUGAUUUCUGACUCUCACUUACACUCCCCCAUGUACUUCCUGCUGGCCAACCUCUCCUUCAUUGACCUCGGAGUUUCAUCUGUCAUUUCUCCUAAGAUGAUUUAUGACCUUUUCAGGAAACGUAAAGUCAUCUCCUUUAGUGGAUGCAUUACUCAAAUAUUCUUCAUUCACACCAUCGGUGGUGUGGAGAUGGUGCUACUCAUAGCCAUGGCUUUUGACAGAUAUGUUGCCAUCUGUAAGCCUCUCCACUAUCUGACCAUCAUGAGCCCAACGAUGUGUAUAUUCUUUUUCAUAGCUGCCUGGACUAUUGGUCUUAUCCACUGCAUGGUACAGUUGGCUUUUGUGAUCAACUUACCCUUCUGUGGUCCCAAUGUAUUGGAUAGCUUUUACUGUGACCUUCCUAGGUUCCUCAAACUUGCCUGCACAGACACCUACCAACUGGAGUUCAUGGUCACAGCCAACAGUGGAUUUAUAUCUCUGGGAUCAUUUCUCAUAUUGAUGGUCUCCUAUGUUUUCAUUGUGGUCACUGUUAGGAAGCACUCUUCAGGUGCCUCAUCCAAGGCUUUAUCCACUUUGUCAACUCAUAUCAUGGUGGUGAUUUUGUUUUUUGGCCCCUGCAUCUUUGUUUACAUGUGGCCUCACUCCACAUCACACCUAGACAAAUACCUUGCUGUUUUUGAUGCAGGUCUCACUCCUUUUUUGAAUUCAGUCAUCUACACAUUCAGAAACAAAGACAUGAAAGUAGCAAUGAGAAGAAUGUGCAGCCAAUUUAUUAUGUAUAAAAAGAUUUCUUAA